AAAAUGCUACCCCCGAAAGGAACCAUCAAGAACCUCGGCCAUGCGAGUCGCGGUAGAAGACCGAAGUCCGCCGGCGCCAUCAAGGCGAGAACCAAGGCGGCCAAAAUGGCCGAAGCUCAAGCGCAGGCCGAGCAUCGCGAACGACUGAGGAAGCUCCUGACCCAGAAACUGACCGCGAAGCACGGCCCCGGCAAAAAACAAGCGAUCAGGCAGAACGUCGACCAGUUCAUUCAGAAAAACACGGCCGUGUCUGAGCUGGAGCUCAAAAAGCUCGAUAAGUUGGUAGAAGACAAGAACACGAUCGACCAGGUCUGGCCCUCGGCCCGUCCUGUAGAAGUGAAGCCGGCGGCGGGAAGUGCGGUCCAGGUCAUCAAGCAGAAGGAAUCGUUGUCACGUUCCGAAACGCCGGAGCUCACGCAGGAGAUCGACCGCCACUCGAAGUGGAAAGUGUUGAACGCGUACAGCGCUCUCAAGAAUGAAGACUUCGAAGCGAGCUUCGUCCAGAAGGAACGGGACAAGAAAAAGGAAUACCGCAAGAUCUUGGACGAGCAGAUGGUCAUCAAACAGUCGAAGUCGCAGGAAGCCGAGUUGCGGAGACAAGAUGAAGAUUUCGUGCGAUCGCAGAAACAAUUACUGUCGGAAUGGCGCGAGCAGAUGAAGGUCCAGGAGAAGGAGACGAAGGGUAGGUACCUCGACCAGCACAAGACGCGGCAGCUCCAGGCCCAACUCAAAAAGGAUCGAGCCGCGAAAGAAUUUGAUGCUCAAAGAGCCAUGGAGUGGGCGCAGGUCGCGUCCAAUCAACUGACCAUCGAAGCUAAUAAGCGAGCAGCGAAGGAAGCCCAAGAAGCGGCAAGACGUAAAAAUGAAGAAAUAGUCAGGCAGAAUAUCUUGGAUCGGGCCAAGAAGGCCGAGCGGAAGAAGCGAGAGGGCGAGGAGGACGUGAAGUUGAUGAAGUUGUAUAAGGAGAAGCUGCGCAAACAAGAGUUACAACGAAAAGAGGCGUUCAAGAAGGUGCAGGACCGCUUAGAUGCCUUUGCUGCGAAGUCUGCAGGUCAAAAAGGUGGGGCUUUGUAUGAAAAACAACAAAAUGAUUUAGCUUUAGAGUUAAAAAUACUGCGGGAGGCCGACAUCAAGGACAAGGCGGAUGCGGAACGAGACCGGAGGGACAAAGAAGACGUGCGCACGAAGGCGAAACAGAUGCAGGAGUGGAAUCUCAAAUCAGCUGCUCUCAAGAAAGCUCGCGAGCGCAAGGAGGUGACCGACGAGCUCCACUACGCCGAGGAUUUUAUAAGACAAAGUGAGGACUUCAUGAGGGCCGAAAAGGAGAAAUUUGAUAGAAUAAGAAAGAUGCGCGAGAAGCACAACGUCGAGCUCUUGGAGCACGUGCGCCUGCACAAGCUCGCCCAGAAGCACGUCGAGAUGGACGAGAAGGAGGAGAAGGUCAAUAGAGGCUUGCUGAAAGAUAUCUAUGCGGACGAUAAAUAUCGCAAACGACUGGCGGAGCGGCUGAAGUUCGGCCAGAAGUUCACGAUGAAGAAGAGCGAGGAGUUCAAGUACAAGUCGAACGUGCUCUAGUUGAGUUCCCUGGCGUAAAUUUGUCAAAAC